UAUACUGGCACAACUCUGGUCUCUGCAGAACUCAAACUUGUCUGUUUUUAGCCUUCUCUGAGCAUUUCUGAGGGUGUGGGCAUAUCGUAACUCCUUCUUUAGCACUGUUGUGCCAGGUUUCAGGGGUAUUUAGACUAAGAAAGUCAUCGCUUUGUCUUGCAGGAACCAAACGUACAUGACCUCUGUCUAUCUCCUGCUGAGAGACCUUCAGUUACUAAUUUCUCAUUAAAGUCACCUUUGGGCAAAGUCUGUACAAUGUAGAAAGCUUCUACGGACUGUCUCAUUUCCAGAAGCGAGAUAUUUUGCUUAGAAAAAAAACUGUGAUAACUUCUGUGAGAUCUUCAGGCAGGGAAGCUGGACUAAAGAUGUCAUCUUUGCAGACUGGGAAGCAGAAGUAUCAUGCCACCAUCCUUAGACUGUUACUUGCUGCUGGUCUUGUUGUAGCUGUCCGGAGUGCCUGUGAGCUUCCGCCACGUUUCUCAUCUGCAGAACUGAAAGAUGCUUAUCGCGGCAUUAGCCAAUUUCCUGCUCAUUCAAAGGUGGAAUACGUCUGUCGUCCAGGCUACAAGAGAAAUCUCAGUGUCAAAAGCACUUUGGUUUGUGAAAUGAAUGAUGAGUGGAAAGGAUCAGACAAAAUUUGUAUACCAAGGUCAUGCAGCUAUCCUGGAGAGCCAGUCAAUGGCAGACUUCUAGGAGAACAAUUCAGUUUUGGUUCAACAGCAAACUUCACCUGUGAAGCUGGGCACAGACUGAUUGGAAAUUCCCAAAUUCAGUGUGUAAUUAGAAAUGGGGUUGUUACGUGGGACGGAGACGUUCCAGUCUGUGAACCAAUACCAUGCUCACCCCCUCCGGAUAUAGCGAAUGGAGUGUAUAGUGGAACUGCUGGAGAUGAUUUCAGUUACGGAGCUUCUGUCACUUAUCAGUGUAACCCUGUCAAAAGAGGAGAGACACCUUUCUCACUGAUCGGAGAUGCCUCUAUUCACUGUACAACCACAGACAACCUAAACGGUGUCUGGAGCAAGCCUGCCCCUGAGUGCAAAGUGGUUCGCUGUAAACAUCCAAAUAUUGACAAUGGAAAACUGUUGAGCAGAUAUAGAGCUGAGUACACCUACAGAGACACCGUGAUGUUUGACUGUGACUUCCGCUAUGCCAUGAAUGGCAGUGAUAUAUCUACAUGCACAGAAAAUAGCAUUUGGGACCCUCCAGUGCCAGUUUGUCAACGAAGUAGCUGUGAUGACCCUCCUGAUGUGUAUAAUGCUGUUAAAAAAAACCUUGCUGGCAAUUUAUUUCCUAUUAAGACUCUAGUUACGUAUGAGUGUCAGGUGGGCCAUGAGUUCAGCCCUGGAGAAACCAUGUGGCAUAUUGAAUGUCUGCCGGAUUUUACGUGGACUGAAGUUUCAUAUUCUUGUGAAAGAGUUCGUUGUCCAAAUCCAGAUGUCAGAAAUGGAAAGCACAUACAUGCAUGGAGUUAUAAAGAGGACAAUUAUGAGUAUGGAGACAGAGUUCAAAUUACGUGUAAUCAUGGCUAUACUUUCAAAGAUCAUGACAAUGAAGUUGUGCUUCAGUGUACAGUGAAUGGUACAUGGGAUCGUGAAAUACCGGAGUGCAUUCUAGAACCUUUGUGCCCAGAACCAGUCAUUGAUCAUGGAAGAGAGGUUUAUAAGAGUAGAAAUAACUACGCCCCUGGGACCCAAGUGAGGAUAACAUGUGAUUCUGGCUAUGUCCUCAGAGGCCAGGCAUUGGUUGAAUGUCAGGCUGACAAGAGCUGGGCCCCUCAACUACCAUUUUGCGAUGAAGUCUGUGGCCCACCUCCAAAAAUCAACAAUGGCCAGCACUCUGGCUUGAAAACAGAGCACUUCCCCUACGGAUCCGAAGUAACAUACAGAUGCGCAGAGGGUUUGUCCCUCAUUGGGGAGUCCUCCAUUUACUGCACGUCUGACGACGGGGUAAACCUGAUGUGGAGCGGACCUGCCCCAGAGUGCAAAGUGGUUCGAUGUCCAAAGCCAGUAAUCGACAAUGGCAGGAUGACUACACGAAGGCAUACGUUUCCGUACGGGGUGGCCGUGCGAUUUUCUUGUAACGAAGGCUACGUGCUACACGGCAGUAACGAGAGUCGGUGCCUGGGUGACAGCGCCUGGCAUCCUCCUCUGCCGACCUGUCAGCCAGUUCAGUGUCACCUACCAGUGGGAGAUGACCUAGUGCUUUACACUGACAAGUCAGGGUAUGAAGUGAACGAAACCCUAACCUUCUCCUGCAAAAGUGAUGACAGUCAAUUAAUAACUUCAAGAACUACCUGCUCAGCUGAUGGCAAAUGGAUACCAUCACCCAAAUGCCAUGAUACAUGUAAGAAGUUUCUUCAAGCUAGAGAAAUUCUGCAGUGUGAAGUUCCUCUGGCAGAACUGAAAAAUGUGCUGGAAGUAUGGAAAUUGUAUCUGGAGAUCCAGAAACUUGAAAAGAAGCUAAACAUCACAGUAAACAAAGUUCGUUGUCCCAAUCCAAACAUUACUAAUGGAGUGCAGAUACCUAAGCCAAGACCUGGAGAAAAUGCGUAUGAGUACGGAGACACUGUUUCCAUUGAAUGCAAUCCUGGGUAUGGCAUCAAAGGCAACAUCAACAGCUCUGCCCUGAUUUGGUGCAGGUAUGAUGGGAGCUGGGAUGCUGCUGUACCAGUGUGUGAACCAGUUUGUGACCAGCCCCAGAAUAUUUCUCACGGGAGACACAAUGGCUGGACAAAGAAGAAGUUUUUUGUUGGGGCAUCGGUGAUGUACAUGUGUGACAGAGGUUACACAGUUGUUGGAGAGCCUCUUAUUUAUUGUAAAGCUGGAGAUGGGGUGCCUGCAAACUGGAGUCACCCUAUCCCUGAGUGUACAGAGGUUCAGUGUCCAGCCCCAGAUAUCGAACACGGAAGACUGAAGUCUGCACAGAACUUCACCUACAAGAGCACGGUCACAGUCGAAUGCGAUGCUGGCUACGUCCCCGUGGGUGUGACCACCAUUCAGUGCCAGGACAAUGGCAGAUGGCACCCGCGGGAGCCCACUUGUGUCCUGGGUCGCUGCCCCUACCCUCCUGCUGUUGAUCACACAGACCGAAACCCUCAGCGGGACUUUCCAGUAGGUACAACUGUAACCUACUUCUGCAGAUCUGGAUACACUUUGCUCCCAGAAGUUUCUCCAAAAACUACUUGUCUUAAAAAUUUCACGUGGUCCAAAAUCCCAAAGCUUUGCCAGAAGGUUCACUGUCCAAACCCAGCUAUUAACCAUGGGAAAGAGAUCAGUAUCAGGAAAGUGGAAUAUACCUUUGGGGACCGUGUGGAAUUUCAGUGUGAUCUUGGCUAUGUGCUCAAAGGCAGUCAGAGGAUUCAGUGUUGGUCUGAUGGGAUGUGGCGACCUCCAGUACCGUACUGUGAUAUGGUCUGUGGCCCACCUCCAAAAAUCAACAGUGGCCGGCACUCUGGCUUGAAAACAGAGCACUUCCCCUACGGAUCCGAAGUAACAUACAGAUGCGCAGAGGGUUUGUCCCUCAUUGGGGAGUCCUCCAUUUACUGCACAUCUGACGACGGGGUAAACCUGAUGUGGAGCGGACCUGCCCCAGAGUGCAAAGUGGUUCGAUGUCCAAAGCCAGUAAUCGACAAUGGCAGGAUGACUACACGAAGGCAUACGUUUCCGUACGGGGUGGCCGUGCGAUUUUCUUGUAACGAAGGCUACGUGCUACACGGCAGUAACGAGAGUCGGUGCCUGGGUGACAGCGCCUGGCAUCCUCCUCUGCCGACCUGUCAGCCAGUUCUGUGCCCAGAACUGCAAGUCAAAAAUGGAAAGUUGAUUGGAACUUGGGAUGGUAACAUGCGGUACAGGACAAAUGCAACUCUUACUUUCGAAUGCCUUCAUGGAUACCACUUUUCAGGUGAUGGAGACAUGUCUUUAGCAGACUCUUGGACAGUCACGUGCUUAGCUGAUGGCAACUGGACACAGCUGCCCAAGUGUAAAAAACAAGACAAUGCUGCUAUAUGUGAAGAGGUUGAUGAUAUUAAAGCAGCCUUUGGAUGUGGUGUGCCUAUAGCGGAAAUGAAAACUCUGCUGGAAAUACAAAAACUGUUUCUGGAGAUUCAGAAACUAAAGGAAGGUUUCCAGCGUGGUCAAAUGGUCAUUUGGAUUAAGAGCGAGGAACGGGCAGCCCAGGUAACUGCUUCAUGGGCGAGGGGACGUGGUGACUGUGGGCCUCCACCCCGCAUGACCCAUGCCAAGCCGUCUGGCACCAACCUCACCGGCAGCUUCCCCAUUGGAUCCAAGGUCACGUAUACGUGCCUUGAGGGCACCAUCAAAGUCCCUGGGAGCUCUGUCCAGCAGAGCAACAGCCCGGUAAGAAAACAGAGGUCACCUGCUAUGCAUUCGGGAGCUUUCCAAGAGCACCGCAGCGAGAGCGCUGCUGCACUCACAAGCUUUGUUGGUGUCCCUCGAGAUGGCCAGCUCUUCCAGGCUGGCUUUCCUUGCCCACCAGGCAGCUGUGCUACCCCCAUGAGCCUGCGCUUCGCUGCCCUCUCUGAGAAGGACCAGUUGAGGAAUAUCUACCCUGUUGGGAUCACCGUGAGCUACCUCUGCCGCCCCGGCUACGAGAACCUCACGGAGAGCUCUCCCACCAGCACGUGCCUAGAAAAUUUAACAUGGUCGCAAGCUCCUGAGUUAUGCAAGAAGAAAUCCUGCGGCGACCCCGGGGUGCUGCCCCGGGGCAGAGCUGUGAUUCUGACAGACGUUCUGUUCGGCGCAAGGGUGAACUUGUUCUGUGAGGACGGUAUGCUACUAAUCACACUGGUAUCAGGGGAGAAAAUAUUGUUCUCAGUUUCUGAACAGUUGCACAAAUUGCUCUUUUCUUGUACAUUUUCACUUAGGUACAAAUUAAGUGGGAGGCAUUUCAUCCAGUGUCAGCUUAAAGGAGACAACGUUGAAUGGAGCAAAUUUCCAACUUGUGAAUUAAUUACCUGCUUUCCACCUCCUCAAAUUAUCAAUGGAAAGCAUGAUGGUGAAGGUGUAGCAAAAUUUGCUUAUAACUCAACAGUGACUUACAACUGUGAUUCUGGCUUCCAACUCAGUGGAAACGUUUCCAUUCGUUGUACAAGUACAGAUAAAAUGAGCGGAGUCUGGAGUGGAGCUGCGCCUGAAUGUAAAGAGAAAAGAACAUCUGUCAAACUUGGAUCAAAAGAAAUGAAAAAGAGUCCUGCUCUCAAAGAUUCCUAUGGCUACAGCAUCCAAGCAUCUAAGAAGGCUUUCAAAAAGAAAAUGAAAAUCAGCCUCUAUAAAAAGUCACUCCAAAAUACCAUCUCCUCUCAUUCUUCUUCAUUCUCCAGGGCACCAGGUAAUUGUGUUACCUCAGCAUUCAGAUUUGUUGUACCUUUGUAUAAAAGCCAGAAUUACUACUACCCUGGAAGCAGCCAAAGAUCUGUAUGUCCCCCGAAGUACAUGGGAAUUUCUGGCAUUCUACCCCAGGCUGACUGCUUUGAAAACCUAAAAUGGUCAAAAGUUCCAGCACUUUGUGGAACAAGAUCAUGGGCAGCCAGGAGAACCAGAACAUGGCAGAAGUGCUGUUACAGCAGAUUUCCAAUUCGUUGCAAAGGAAUAUUUUACCUCGGCCUGCUAGGCGAGUUCAACUUGGAAGAAAACCACCCAGAGCUCAGGGCUGGCAGCGCGCAGGGAUCGCUCCGGGCGCUUGCGGGAACCGGCCGGGUCACCUUGCACGCCCUCCGUCUCGUCGCCGAAGGAGCGGGCGGGAGGGAGGGUGUAUUUCGGUGGACGGCCAAGAGCCGCGCUGGCAGUUCCGCCCGCUGCUUUGUCUUUAGCAAAGGGAUGUCGGAGCAAGAUAAAAACAAGUUGUCUACAGCCGAGCAGACACGGCCCCGUUAUCAACAGGCUCAGCUGCCCUUUGUGCGCGUUUCCAGAGCAGCUUCUGGCGCCCGGAGGCUUCGCUGCCUGCUUGGCGCUGCUGUGGCGGCAGUGAAAGCGCUGCAAAGUUCAGCAGAAAAUGUGAGCGGCAGAAACGCACAGAGACCCGGGAGGCGUGAGCCCGGGACGGUCCCCAUAGGUGCAGGCAUCUCGAUUUCGGACAGACAGAAGGGUAUGGCUGCAGGUGACUGCGGGCCGUUGCCGAAGCUAAAGCACGCGGAGCCCCCGGAGCGGAGCAAGCAUCAGGGAAGCUUCGCUGUUGGCUCCAAAGUAACAUACAGGUGCCUCGAGGGCUUUGCUAAGCUGCCCAGCAUGUCGGAUACGGUAGUGUGCCUUGCCACCUCCCAGUGGUCCGACCUCCUCGCAUUCUGCGGCCGUAGCUGUUCUAGCCCACCACGUCUACGUUUCGCUAAAAUAUCAGAAGAAGAUGAAACCAAGAAUUUUUAUGAUGUUGGGAUCGCUGUGAAUUAUAUUUGUCGCCCAGGCUAUGAGAACGCCACUGAAAGGGUCCUCACCAGCACUUGUCUUGAAAACUUAACAUGGUCAGAAGUUCCUGAGUUAUGUCGAAAGAAAUCUUGUGGCAUUCCAGCAAAUCCGGAACAUGGCAAAGUUGUUAAAACAGAUAAUCUGUUCGGUGCAAGAGCAGGUGUAAUUUGUGAUGAUGGAUUUCUUUCACUCACACCUGCACAGCCGCACGCUCACAAGCGCCAAGAGGAGUGUGCCCAGGUCGCCUGUCCAGGGUCACUUACUUGCAUGUACAUACUAGCAGCAGGGUCACCUUUCAUCACUUGUUUGCUGAGGGGGAACGACGUUGCCUGGAGUAAACUUCCAGCUUGUCAGGCUAUUGCUUGUGCUCCACCUCCAGCUGUUCCCAAUGGGAAGCACAACGGCAGCAGUACAGAGGAGUUCAGGUACAACUCAGUCGUGACUUACACAUGUGACCCUGGUCUCCAGCUUACUGGAAAUGAAAUUCUUCGUUGUAUAACUGUAAAUAAGAUCCAUGGUGUCUGGAGCGGGCCACCUCCUGCAUGCAGAAUUGACACUAUGGCAGUGACAAGCCCAGCUACACCCUCAGAGGAUGAAAGAGCAGAGAAUCGUCAGGUCUUAGGAGUCUGUAUAAUUCUAGUUUGGGUCAUCAUGAGGUGGAAGAAAAAAAAGAAAAAAAGUUCUUAUGAUACAGUUUCCCCAAUGAGUGAAAUUAAGGGAAGGGAUCUGCAGAUGAGUCAAACACUAACAGAUAACGCAAAGAAGCCUGUGCCAUGGAAUUUCUUUUUCUGUUCUACUGACAAAGCUCCAGAUUUGCUGAGGAGACACUCUGCAGAAGAAGAAAUUUCGGAGACGUGUGAAGCAGAGCAGCCCUUGAGCCAUGAAAGCCCUGGUCACAUUUGUCCCGUCUGCGAAGGCUGGCUCCGUGCCCACCUCGACCAGGGCGAAAGCCCCGCCGCGGCGUCCGCGGGGCCCGCAGCAGCUCCCAGCCGGGAGGAGGAGCGCUGCCGCUCAAACUCCAGCUGGAGUGCAAGCAGCGAUUUCUGCAUCGGAAAACCGUGCAGUCCACCAGAUAUAGCGAAUGGCAAAUUUGAUUACACAACCGAUCUCCGAUUUGGAGCAGUAAUAAAAUUCACCUGUAACGAAGGGUACCGACUAAUUGGGGAUUCAUCUGCAGAAUGUGUACUUCAAGGCAAUGAUGUGUCUUGGAAUCAGCUUCCACACUGUGAAAUAAUUCCUUGUCCACCACCACCUGCGAUCGCAAAUGGACAGCUCAAUGCUGAGAGUGAAGACUUUAUCUUUGGCUCAACUGUAACUUACAGCUGUGACCGUGGCUUUUCCCUCAUCGGAGAGUCCACGAUCCACUGUACAGCAGAUAAUGAAAUGAAUGGAAGAUGGAGUGCUCCAGCCCCUGAAUGCAAAGUGGUCAGAUGUGAAAAUCCAGAAGUGAAAAAUGGGGAGAAGGUGUCUGGUUUCAACACUGAGUACACAUACAAAGAAACAGUCAUUUUUCAGUGCAAAUCUGGUCAUGUUUUGAGCGGUAGUAGUGUCAUUACUUGUGAAGCCAACGGUAUGUGGAAGCCAUCUCCGCCAACUUGUGACCCACGUUACUGUGGUCCUCCUCCAAGCUUCACUUUUGCCAAAUUUGACGCUGUGAGCAGCCAGUAUCCUGCUGGAACUGAGUUGACUUACAAGUGUAAACCAGGUUAUACUGCAGCAAGUGGAAAGUCUCCUGUUGUUACUUGUCUGAUGAAUGCAACUUGGUCUGCAGACUCUGAGUUCUGUAUACGAAAGCAAUGUUCUCCUCCCCAAAUAAAGAAUGGGAAAGUAAUAGAAGACAAUUUCCAGUUUGAGACAACAGUGAAGUUCACCUGUGAUGCUGGGUAUGAAUUAAAGGGGUCAUCUUCUGCCAAAUGUGUGAUUGCAGGAAAUGAAGUUGACUGGAAUACAGCACUUCCAUACUGUGAAAGACAGCCGCCUGAUGUUCUCUGUGGACCACCACCUGUUAUUAACAAUGGAAUACACAAUGGCACAACAGGAAGCGACUUUGUUUAUGGCUCUGUUGUAGUCUAUAAAUGCAGUGAUGGCUUCACCCUUACUGGAGAGGCCUCUAUUCACUGUACAGUAGAAAAUCAAUCUCAUGGAGUCUGGAGCAAGCCUACUCCUGAAUGCAAAGGCACAGCUGACAAGAUCAUUACUGGAAUCCUGCCGCUCCUCCUGGCAAUCCUGGUUAUUCACUUCUAGAUUCAAGAAGAGGCAACUGGAAGAGCCGGAGCGACCCCUCAGAGAGCACUGAACUUCUGUAGACACGUUGGACUUUGUCUCACUGAUCUCAGGGCUGUGGAUUUCACUCUUGUGAGAUUGGACUAGAAGCAGCAAUCUGCAAACCUUAGAUGAAAAAAAGCAAUCCUCUCUCAUGCUCCCUCCUGCUGCCUGGGAACUGCUUAUGCUUUUGGCUGCAGGUGUAAUAGCUGCAUGUUGUGUUGAACAUACAGCAGCUUGCAUAUGUGGCCUGUGCUGGACAGUUCUCGACCAUCCAGAUGAAACUACCGUUCAGAAAUCAAGUGCGUUUAUCCUCCUGUUAAGUUGUAAUGAUACCAAAGACCUUCAUCCUGCAAUGCUGUAGACUCAUGAAAAUAGGGCUCUUCAGGUACCUCCAUGUUUUGUUUUUCAGCUCCACUAAGGUAGUGUUACAUCUGAACCUAAUUGGGAUUUACAGGUGUCUUAAGUGUCCUGAGGUGAAAAGUGAUGUUGCUGCUAAGAGGGUUAACAGUGACUGUCUUCCUGUGAAUGAUAUACACUGGAGAAAAUUAAGCUUAAUGUCCCACUUUGGCUUCCUAUUCAUAUUAUCUGUAGGUUGUGAGAGACCUGAGGAAAUUCACAUAAAAGUGUUUGCUCUAGUUCUUACUUCAAGGCCAGUCUGAGCUGUUGUGCAAAUAGCAAUCCAGAUAAACUGGUACUUUCCCUGGAGAAAAACAUUUAAAUGCCUUAUUUCAAAGAACUACUAUUCUGACUCUUCCUGUACUAAAACUAAUCUUGUGGUCUCUGCAGUGGCGGUGCCCUUGUAUCUUAUCAAAGCUUUCCUCUUCCUGCCUUGCAGAAACACCCCUCUUGUCUCUUCAGUGACUCACUGCUUCUUAGGAAGUGGCAAAGUGGGUUGCUUGGCUGAGAUCUCUGGGGAGAAAGUUAAUCAGGGUGGCGUUACACAGUGUCAGUGGAGCUUGUCCGCAGGCAGGUGGUGUGCAUUCUGCAGAAAUGUCAUGGCAACCGAACGCAAAACCUGCAGGUGGCUUUGCAGAUGCCACCAAAUACCAGAAAGUUGCUUCGUUUGAACCUUUCACUUUUUGCUCCCUUGCUCUUUGACUGGUAGGAAAUCAAUGUCUUCAUUUGCACUUGAAAGGUGUUUGCUGGGUUCAGACAGGGUGGCACAAGAUGCUGGGCAGCCCAACUGCACUGUGGGGCUGCGCGUGGAGGGAGGAGGAGCGUGGACCCCCAGUGUGGAGAAGGCCUGGCAGCUCAGCUCCACACACUUCUCUUGGCUGCUGUGAAAGUGAAGGAGCCAAAGCUAUUUUGGUGGCCAGUUGGGCUCAGGGAAGUCCCCCAGGCUGGUGCUGUGGGAAGCUGUGAUGCGUGGAGAGGUGUUGGUGCAACUUGUUGAGUGAACGUAGGCACUGAUACGCAGAAAGCAAAACCCUUAGGUUUCAUAUCUCGAUUACCGUGGAUGACUGCACUAUCUGCGCAUUUCGCUUUCGCCCUGUCUAAAUUGGCCUAGCUGCGUGUUGUGUGAGGAUGAUGUGAUAAGGGCAUAGAGUAUAGAUGAGUGAGAAAGCAUGCUAAAAUAAGGUAUGCUGUCCCCUCCCUUCCUUCUUGAUUCAGGCUUUGUAAGUGCCACAGAGAUAGCUCAGAUAAUGAGACCUCACUCACCUUGUAUAAACCUGUUUGGCUGAUAGUUGACCUUUGUUAUAGUGACGCUGUCUUUCUUGAUUUUAACAGAUCAGACGGUUAAAUUAUCACUCUGUUCAUUUAAAUCUGCUAGCUCUGCAUUAUGCACAUCCAGAAAAGGGAAGUAUUCAAAAUGCAUGUACUACUAACUUUGUGUUUCUGCAUUUUUACCAGUGCUUUCCCGUUAACAGGAACGUGCAUCUGAUUCUAAGGAAAAGCACAUGCAGUAAUUUCCACCAACAUGUUGCCUCAUUACAGAUGAACUUCUCCCUUCCAGCUGGGACAUUAUUCUGAUCUGGCACAGCAAAACACUGUAUUCGGAAGUAAGCCUUACCACAUAAAAAUUUGCAAAUUGGAUUUUUAUUUUUAAUAAGCCAGGUGAAUGGCUAGGUGAACAAAACGUAAAUUUAAAGCUCAGUAGCUUAGUGUGGUGUUCUGUUUUGUUUUCUUAAUCCCAGCACAAUCGUCAUCCUUACUGCAUAAUUCAGAGUGACCUUUUCCGAAUGAGUUAACUUUUGUUAUUAGGGCCGAACCUGAAGCGAUCCUUCCUUCGCCGAAGGGAAGGAGCCGCAAACGCUGUGACAGAGGCAGCCGUCGAAAGAGUACGAGUAUACUGUGUUAUAUGAAUACGAUAGAGUUGUAAAAUUCUGCUUUGUAAUGCAGAUGUUAAUGAAUCGAAUUAAAUUAUGAAGUUUAAACGCCG